CAAUCAUCAACCUGCACCAAAAAUAAAAAUAUAGAAGAUGGCCGGGCCAAACAUCAGAAAGCGAAAUCGCCAAGACUUCAAUUCGAAAUCAAAGUCACAAAGGCCAAACAAGAAGCAAAGGAAGGCCCUUCAAUACCACAGCGACUCGGAUGAAGAAGGCGACAAUUCCGAGUUCAAGCCCGUAAAUCUCCUCGACUCGGAUAACGAAGACCUCGACGAUAUCUUAGUAGACGAUGUUCCAUCCGGAUCAGAUUCAGACUCCGGAUCUGAUUCUGAGUCAGAGAUUGAUCUAGCGCGCACAAAACUUACCACGAAACAACGGAAGACGCCAGCGCAAAAACAUGCCACCGAUGCGCCUAAAAGCGACGACUCAAAAGACGAACCAGAAGGAAGCGAAGACGGGGAUGAAUAUGAAGAUGUAGAUGACGACGACGAUGAAGGGGAUGAGGGCACAGAUUCCGACGAUGGCCAAUCAACGACACAAAAAACUAAAUCAAAACGUAACGACCCUGAUGCCUUUGCGACAUCCAUGUCGAAGAUUUUAUCCACCAAACUCUCCACUACGAGGCGCGCAGACCCAGUCCUCUCACGCAGCGCCGAAGCCCACCAAGCCGCCAAAGAUGCCGUCGACAACGCAUUAGAAGCGAAAGCACGGAAACACAUGCGCGAGCAGAAGCGCCUGGCACAAGAGAAGGGUCGAGUGAAGGACAUACUUGUCGGCAUCGUGGACGAAGAGACCGGUGUACCCGAGACAACUACGCAGGAAAUCCAGCAGACGGAGAAGCGACUCAAAAAGGUCGCGCAUAGAGGUGUUAUCAUGCUAUUCAGAGCCGUUAGGGAAGCGCAGGAGAGAGCUGCAGAGGCUGACAGAGAUACGAGGAAGGACGGUAUAGUAGGUGUGCAGAGGCGGCAAGAGAAGGUCAACGAGAUGAGUAAGCAGGGUUUCCUCGACCUUAUUGCCGGAGGUGGUGGUAAGCUGAAGAAAGGCGCAUUGGAGGAAGCUUGAGCCCAUCUCUUCAAGCUUAUGGGCAUAUACCUAGGUACCUAGUAUACACCUGGGCACCUAAUGUACCUACCUAAGAUUCCUUAUACCAGAUCAAUACCAGAUCAACACCAGACAUGGAUUGAUACCAAAA